UUGGGCCCUAGCCUGGGAUAGCUGUUCUAUCUCAGAGUUGGGCGAUAAUGUCGGGAUGAUUUUCCUUUCCUUUCAUUUGGUUUGCGCUCUUGCCGCAUGGCUAAUAGCUGCUGUUGCUUUUGCUGCUUCGGACUAUUCUGAACAGCUUGUCCUCCAGCCUCUUCCGCCCUCCUCUUUGCUCGCUUCUUUCAGCUUUCGAAGCAACGAAUCCAUUGCCGCAUUUCAACAACAAAACUUUAGAUAUUUUCCUCGUUCUCUGGGACAGAUUCUUCAGCACGCCAAUACAAAGGAGCUACACCUCCGAUUCUCGACAGGACGAUGGGACGCCGAGAACUGGGGAGACCGCCCAUCGCAGGGGUUUAAAGAAGGUGGCACGGGGGUUGAACUGUGGGCAUGGAUGGAGGCAGAUACAAACGACGAGGCGUUCGCCAAAUGGGUGACAUUGACGCAGUCGCUUUCCGGUUUGUUCUGCGCUUCUUUGAACUUUAUCGACUCAACACGAACGACUCGACCGUACCUUACCUUUCAACCGAGCGGCAAUCAUUCGUCUGUCCAGAACUUGCAUCUUCUCCACGGUACUUUACCAGGGGAAGUCGUUUGUACAGAGAACCUGACACCUUUUCUAAAGCUGCUUCCGUGCAAGGGGAAGGCAGGCAUUUCGAGCUUGCUUGACGGUCAUAGGCUUUUUGACGCAGCAUGGCAGAGCAUGUCUAUUGACUUUCGACCUGUUUGCCCCGGCACCGAUGGACAAUGCCACGUCGAGUUUCAGCAGUCUGUAGAUAUGGUGCUGGAUAUAGAUAGAUCGAAACGACCAAGAGACAACCCUAUUCCCCGGGCCGUUCCUGUUGACCAGCUGGUUUGCGAUCAGUCUAAAUUAUACCACUCGAGAGAUACUUGCUAUCCAGCGGCAUCUGCCGCCACAAAGGAAUGGAGCUUGGCAGAUGUGUUUGGCCGAUCCAUACCAUCGCCCUGUCCCCUUUCGAAAGAUGAGACGAAUACAGUCUGUCUUAAGGUUCCAGCGGAACGAGAAGUCCUUACAACCGCUGGGGCUCUCGAACGGAAAAGCCCAGACGGCUUUUCCCGCUGCUAUACACUUUUCACGAAUCUUGGUUUGAAUCUUGUUCUCCCAGCGCAGGAGUCGGUUCACCAAGUCCCACUAACACAGCCAGUUUUACAUGCUGAAAGAACUACGAUCGGCCAUGGUCAAGAACGUGGCGGAUUAAGAUCCAUUCUAACCAAUCCAUCUAACACAAAGGCGGUCGAUUUUGUCUAUUUUGAAAGCCUCCCUUGGUACAUGAAACCAUACCUCCAUACUAUGAAGACUACACUUACCCAUAGGAACGGUUCAUCAGAGGAGAUGUCUCCUAAGCAAAUUAUCAAAGACAUCUUCUACCGACCCGCAAUCGACCGAAAGCGUGGAACCCAACUGGAAUUAGUUUUAUCCGUUCCCGCUGCAUCCACAGUGACUUUAAUAUACGAGUUCGAGAAGGCAAUUUUACGUUAUACCGAAUAUCCUCCCGACGCUAAUAGGGGAUUUAAUGUGGCUCCAGCAGUGAUUAGGAUCCUCGAUAGUAACAACACCGGCGAUACACUUACACCUUCGUUUAUCUAUCUUCGUACCACUAGCCUUCUUCUCCCUCUGCCCACUCCAGACUUCAGUAUGCCGUACAAUGUCAUUAUUCUAACGAGCACAGUAAUAGCUCUCGCGUUUGGGAAUAUCUUUAACUUAUUGGUUCGCCGUUUGGUGGGUGCGGAGGAGGCGCCCCCGUCCGGGGUAAAGGCAGUUAUUCGAAGCAAGAUAGUUGCGCUCAAGGACAAAAUCCGUGGCAAAGAGACCAAAGUGGAAUAA